UUUUGUUUGAAUUAUUUUAUUGGGUAUACUGCAUACUUAUAAGACAAUUUACCCCGCUUUCGGGCCCAGGAAAGCACUUUUGGAAAACCACACCACUCAUAAUGGCACUAUCUAAAAAAGAAAGUGAAGAAAUGAAGCUGCAAGUGGAAAAAGCCGUUGAGAAAUGUGUUGGAUUUCAUGAAUCCACUCUAGUCACCACUGCAAUGAACUGUCUUAUAUCAGGCUAUGAUAAGAGAAAAACUGCUGAUAAGCUUGGUUCACUUUUAGAGUCAAGUAAAGCCUUGAGACUUUCUGAUAAAAUAUAUGAUGUGUUGGACAACUUGCGCAAUAAUAUGCAGAAAACUCCCCCCUCUAAGAAACGACAUCAUGAACCAGAAAAUCACAACUCAAAAAAGAGUAAGUUUGAAGAAAAUGGUGUGACACCAUCAUCAAAAGAAUCUACAAAAGAGAAACAACAAGAGAAAAACUCAAAAGAAGUUAAAGAAGUACUAUCUGCUAGCCAGAUCAAAGAAAUGAUGGCAAAAGCCCAGAAAGAGAUAGAAGAUCGUAAAAAGCAACUGAGUGCUCACAGAAGUGAUACUCGACACAAAGGUCUCGAGCCACCUUCAGCCUCAGUGCAAAGAACUGAGGAGAAAGUAAAGAAAAUUGCACAGCUUCAGGCUCAGAUCCAGUCCAAGCUGUCUACUGGAGUGCUCAAGGUACCUGGGCUCAACAGACCUGACGUCAUAUCCAAGCCUACGCCUCUGAUUCUGGACAGUGAGGGCCGGACAGUGGACGUGACGGGCAAGGAGAUUCAACUCACACACGUCAUCCCCACGCUCAAGGCAAAUAUCAGAGCUAAAAAGAGAGAGGAGUUCCGUGCACAGUUACAAGAAAAGACAGUAGAAGAUAUCAGCGAAAGUUCUUUCUUUGAUCCCCGCAUAGGCACUAAGCCGAUUGUUCGCAACAAAAGAGCACUCAAGUUUAACGAGCCUGGCAAGUUUCAGCAACAAGCAGACAGGAUGAGAAUGAAGGCUCAGCUAGAGAAAUUGCAAAAUGAAAUUUCACAAAUAGCUCGUAAAACUGGCAUUUCUUCAGCCACAAAACUAGCUCAGAUUGCACCCAAGAUAGAGACUCAAGUAGAUGAAAUACCAGGUGUAGAGUGGUGGGACUCAGUCAUACUAGCUGGUGACUCAUACCUUGAUGACAAAGGAAAUCCACAACUAAAGAAUUCCACCAUCACCAACUUAGUUGAACAUCCUAUUCAAAUGAAACCACCUGCUGAACCUUCAAAACCAAUCCACAUGCAUGUAUUUUUGACAAAAAAAGAGCGUAAAAAACUAAGAAGGCAAAAUCGCCGAGAAACUUGGAAAGAAGAGCAAGAAAAAAUCAGAUUGGGACUUGAACCUCCCCCAGAACCCAAACUGCGCAUCAGUAACUUGAUGAGAGUGUUGGGCACAGAAGCAGUUCAAGAUCCUACCAAGAUUGAGGCCCAUGUGAGGGCUCAGAUGGCCAAGAGACAGAAGGCUCAUGAGGACGCCAAUGCUAGCCGCAAGCUCACCACGGAGCAGAGACGAGACAAGAAGAUGCGCAAGUUGCAGGAGGAUGUAUCCUUGGAAGUCCAUGUCGCUGUCUACAGGAUAAGAGAGCUGAACAAUCCAGCCAAGAAGUACAAGGUUGAGACAAAUGCUAACCAGCUGUUUAUGACUGGCUGUGUUGUAAUGUACAAAGACUGCAAUGUUGUUGUUGUUGAAGGUGGACCCAAGCAACAGUCAAAAUACAAAAGGUUAAUGCUAAAUCGUAUCAAAUGGGAAGAAGACCUUUUAAAAAAUCCAACAGAAAAGGACAAGAACAAUCAGUGUGUGCUCAUUUGGGAACUUAAACAAGAUCGAGCAUACAGAGUUGUAUUGAAGAAUAUGCACUAUUCAGUUGAUACAGAAGAACUAAAAGAAGCACUACGACAGAUGGGUCAUGAGGGAGUUGUGCAACAACGCAGUUUUGGAGAAAUGAAGUUCAAGGUUUGUGCUACUGAGAAGUUGGCACGAGAACAGUUCAAGAAGUUUGGUGUUGAACAUUAUUGGGAUCUGGCGUACAGCACGGCUGUUCUAGACAACCCAGACGCCUCAUGAAGCUCACAGAUGAGAUUAAGCCUGAGUCAGUUAAGUCUCUUUAAGAAAUGAGUCACUCGGGCUGUUGUAACAUUUGUACAUUUAUUUCCUUGAAUUUUGUUUAUAUCCUAUAUAUUAUUAAGUACUUAGUAUGUGUGUUUACAAAUUGUUUUAGUAAAUAAAGUUUUAUAAAUAAUGA